UCUCGAAAGAUAAAGCAGAUCCUUACAGUUCAGUUGCUUCUCACUUCCAGAUCCCGUUCCUUGUUUCCCCGCAAAGCAACCCCGUCGCAAUCUCUACCAUUUCCGGAAAGAAAGCAUAGCUUACAAGGCCGAAGAAACCCUAUCAAGUCCCCUCCUUCCAUUCCGAUGCCUUCUUUCCUGAUUCCUUAAUCGGACAUUUCCCCCUUCCGAGAUGCUGCAGAAGUUUGCUUUAGCCUUCAAGACCAAAACAAUCGAGUUCUUCGCAGACGAGGAGGAGGAGGACGAUGACGCCGCCGUCGAUCUUGAAGCUGUGCCGGAGGAGGUCAUUACAGGGCAACGCGUAGUUGUGCUUAAGCCCGACCCGCCGGCCCAACCCAAUCCGGACGCUCUCGUGUCUUCACUGUUCACCGGCGUCUCCUCCUUCCGCGCCGCCUAUCUCCAGCUCCAAACUGCCCAUUCCCCUUUUGAUCUUGAAGGUAUCCGCGCCGCCGAUUGCGCGGCGGUGUCUCAUCUUCAUCGGCUUUAUGAGCUCAAGCGCGCCUUCUUUACGAACCCGCAAAGCCAAAACGCCAACCCUACUUUACCCCUUUCUGCCCACCUGGAUGCCCAGGUACAGGAGAACCAGUGUCUCCUCCGCACCUUCGAGACCGUGGUUAAUCGCAUGCAAGCCGAUAUCGAUCGGAAGGAUGUGGAGUCCGCCGAGCUAAAGCAGCGGCUAUUGGAGUCCGAGGCAGAGAAUGACCGGCUUGAGCGGCGGCUCGAGCGUGCCUGCUGCCCGCCUGAGGAAAAGGUGGAGUCUUUGCUUACAGUGGGAGUAUUCAAUUCGGUGCUGAAGGACUCUUGUCGGGUGGCUCACCGCUUUGUUCGGGCACUUGUCGAUUUGCUGAAGAACUCUGGAUGGAAUUUGGAGCUCGUUGCAAAUUCUAUAUACCCUGAUGUCUGCUAUGCCAAGUCAGGGCACUGUCGGUAUGCAAUUCUCUCCUAUAUUUGUUUGGCGAUGUUUGAUUCCUUUGGUUUGGAUGGUUAUGGUUGCGAAGGGAAUGGAAUUUGUUCCAAUUCUGAGGAUUACGAGUUUCGAAGGAGGAAUUCCUUAAGGAAAUUCAUUGAGCAUUCGACCCUAGAUCCAUUGGAGCUGAUUAAUGGCGACCCCAAUUCUGAUUUUGCAAGAUUUUGUGACAGUAAAUAUAAAAAUAUCAUUAGUUCUGGAUUGGAGUCCUCUCUUCUUGGGAAUUCAGAUCAUUCCACAUCCAUUAUAGGAAAUAUGAGGCUUUCAAACCCGUUGUAUGAGUUGUUUGUGAACAUGGCCAGCUCAAUGUGGAUGCUCCACAAGUUAGCAUGGGCUUAUGAUCCGGCAGUGGAGAUAUUUCAAAUAGGCCGUGGAGCGGAUUUCUCCAUGGUUUACAUGGAAAGUGUUUGUCCAAAAUCUUUUGAUAAAAACUCGGUUUGCAUGAAUUCACGUCCAAAGGUUGGGUUUACAGUGGUUCCAGGAUUUCGAGUGGGGAGGACAGUGAUUCAGUGCUGGGUGUAUCUAGAUAGGAUGAAGAAGAUAUUUUGAUUUCUUAUUGAACUGUAAAUCAAAAAUUAAAGGGCGUUCUUCUGUUGUAUGAUAUCAAAUACAGCAACUACAUAGGAUUGUAAUAAUUAGAUGAAAUUCUAUAUUCUUAAUGCAAAGCACAAAAAAACACUUUUUUCAGUA